UAUUGUGUGAUGACCGGACUUUUUUCUUUGCUGCACUUGAACCGACUUGAACACACCAUGAAGUGUGCGGUCCCUUUAAAUCUGAAGCUCCUCCCCUUCCGCUGAGCCACGUCAUCAAAAACUACAAACAAACAUGGCGACGUGCGGCACCUGCACGGUUCCUCUCGCUGUAUUUGCACUAAUUGCGGCGCUUUUAGCGGCUCUUUGUGCCGCGGGUUGCGGUGUUCCGUGUCCGGCUGUGUCCCUGCCGGUCGGCGGCGGGCUGCUGGGCCUGUGGGUGUGGAGGCUGCGGCGGCGGGACGGUGGCACGGCGCGCCGGGUGUGUGUGCUGGUGCUCGGGGACAUCGGCCGCAGCCCGCGGAUGCAGUACCACGCGCUGUCCCUCAGCAAACACCGAUAUGACGUCACUUUUGUCGGGUUUUUAGACACUAAACCUCAUCAGGACGUGCUGACGGAAGAGAACAUAAAGAUCAUUCCCAUUGCAGAAGUGAAAGGUGUUCAAGUGGGACCUAAACUCCUGACGUAUGUGACGAAGGUGAUCCUGCAGUGUGUGCAGCUGCUUCAUGUGCUGCUUCAGAUGGAAACACAGUCUCACUUACUGAUGCAGAACCCCCCGGGGCUGCCCAGCAUUGCCAUGGCCUGGCUGGUGUGCUUCCUGCGCGGCAGCAGGUUCGUCAUUGACUGGCACAACUACGGCUUCACCAUCAUGGCCCUGAGCCACGGAGAGAAGCACCCGCUGGUCCGCCUAGCCAAGUGGUACGAGCACUUCUUCGGCCCUCUGGCUGCUCAUAGCCUGUGUGUCACCAACGCCAUGAAGGACGACUUACAGAAGAACUGGGGCAUCAAGGCGACCACUCUGUACGACCGGCCGGCCUCCAUCUUCAGAGAGACUCCACUGAAGCUGCAGCACGAGCUCUUCAGCAGGCUGGCCGACACCUACCCCCAGUUCCAGAGCAGAGAGUGUGACGAUGUGCAGCUGGAGCGGACAGUUUUCUCAGUUCGUGACCUUACUGAUGACACGGUGGCGUUGAGGGUGGAUCGACCGGCGCUACUGCUCAGCAGCACCAGCUGGACGGAGGACGAAGACUUCUCUGUCCUGCUGCAGGCGCUUCGAGAGUACGAAGGUUUCAUCAAAGCAGGAGCUGCGUUACCGUCUGUCGUCUGUGUGAUCACAGGUAAAGGUCCUCAGAAGCAGCACUACAUGAAGCUGAUCGACUCUCUGCAGCUAGAGCAUGUGCAGUUCUGUACGCCGUGGCUGGAGGCAGAAGAUUAUCCUCUUUUAUUAGGUUCAGCAGAUCUGGGUGUUUGUCUCCAUAAGUCGUCCAGUGGUUUGGAUCUGCCCAUGAAGGUGGUGGACAUGUUUGGCUGCUGUCUGCCCGUCUGUGCCAUCAGCUUCAACUGUUUACACGAGCUGGUGAAGCACAAGGAGAACGGACUGAUCUUCAGAGACUCUCAGGAACUCGCAGAGCAGCUCAAGUCUCUCCUGUCAGAGUUCCUCAGCUCAGACAGCAGACUGGGAGCGUUCAGGAGGAACCUCCGCACCAGCAGGGGGCAGCGCUGGGACGACAACUGGGACCAGAACGUCCUGCCGCUGAUCACCGCUCCCUGACGGCACAGGUUCAACCACAGAGGGACUUUUAAUGACCAAAUACCAACAUUUUCAGACUUUAAGACAUCUAAACUUGACCCAGUCAGUCUGGGAGGUGAAGUCACGUUUGAAUAUUCUGGGUUUAAAAACAGAAGAUGCAGCUUUUGGUUUGUUGUUUUUUGUUACAAGAGGUUAGAGGAUUAUUUGGAUAAAUAUAGUCCGUUAAACAAAGGUGAGAAAUGUCUCAUUCCAGUCGGGGUUUUCCUUCUUCAGAGCACUUGAAUGUAUAAAAGGACACUUUGAUACGAUGUACAUUUGUAAAUAAAAUCUUUAUUGUGCUACA